AUGGUGUCGAACAUCACGUCCAUUCCCUCGUCAAUGAACACGUCUGCAAACUUCCUGAAUUUUACCACGUCUACCGAUGCUCUGGAAGAAGUGGUGGAAUUAAGCACGGACUAUAACGGAAGUGACGUCGGCGGCUGGCCUUAUUUUGAUCUACUCGGCCUGGAAUACUGGGUGAUCGUCGUGAUCGUCGUCUCGUUUGGCUUGGUCGGAAACGUCCUUUCUUUUUUCCUCCUGUCUGACAAACAGUUCUCGUGCCUCUCCUACCCAGUUUACCUAAAGGCGCUCGCCGUCUCCGACAGCCUCCAAAUGAUCAUACAGAGUGUCCCAGAGACCCAGGAGACGUUCGCGUUUAGUCUUAUCAGUAACAGCUACGACGUCGUCUGCAAGCUGUGGCAGUUCGCCAGAUACAACACGUUGCUGAUCUCUCCCUGGCUGGUGGUUGGGCUUACUCUGGAUCGCUACGUCUGCGUCCUGUUCCCACUGACACGUUACCGAUUCUGCACCAAGAAGAAGGCUCUGAUCUUCUGCUGCUGUCUCGCUCUUGUUUCCGCCCUCACGAUGCUGCCCAUUCUGACGAGCGUCAAGCUUGUCGAAGGUUACUGUCGCGGCCCUCCCGCCGUGUUCUUCGUGUUCAUCGUCGUCCGUCUUGUUCUGUCCUCAACCCUCCCCUGCCUGCUCAUCCUCUUCUUCAACGUCAUCAUCAUCACCCGCAUCCAGCGCAGCGCCGAAUUCCGGAAGAUAUUCACGUCGUCGAGGUCGAGCUCCACUCGCACGCACAGCAACGAGGACAGUUCGACGCGCCCUCUAAUGCUGAUUUCGGUGUUCGCGUUCGUCACCCUGCUGCCCCUGUCUGUCGCGGAAUGCGUCGAGGUCCUGCUACAGAUCACAGGGAUGGACGCCAAGGCUGAGAUUCUGUCGUCGAAGCUCUGGCCCAUCUUCCACGUGAUCUACUUGCUGAAUUUCGGGAUGAAUUUCUACAUCCUCAUGGCAAGUUCGCGCAACUACCGGAAGAUUCUCGCAACGAAGCUGAAGUGCUCGAUUUCCCGACCAGUGUCUCGACCGAACCCGGAACGGAAUCCACCGAUCCCGACUGUCGCUACGUCGUCAUCUGAUGUUUCCACCCUGAGAGCCGAAAAUAUUAGCUAG